CCCGACCCGGAAGCGUGCGAUUCGAGAGAAAAAAAGAGUCGAGCAGCGUCGGUGUUUCCGCGUGCUGCCGUUACCGUGAUCCCUCCGUGUCGCGCACGUAUUCGCACGAGCGGUGUUUAACAUGGUCGGUGUGAAGGUGAUCGCGAGCGAUUCCGAGUUCCAGCCGGAGCUGAGCAGCGCGGGCUCGAGACUGGCCGUGGUCAAGUUCACGAUGGCCGGGUGCCGCCCGUGUGUGAGGAUAGCCCCUGCCUUCAGCGCGCUCAGCAGCAGGUAUCCGCAGGUCGUCUUUCUGGAGGUCGACGUCCACGUGUGUCAGGGAACAGCGGCUGCCAACAAUAUCUCAGCCACGCCCACCUUCCUGUUCUUCCGGAACAAGGUGCGAGUGGACCAGUACCAGGGGGCGGACGCCGCGGGCCUGGAGGACAAGAUAAAACAGCACGUGGAGAACGAUCCCGGGAGCGGCGAGGACUCGGACAUCCCCAAAGGAUACAUGGACCUGAUGCCAUUUGUGAAUAAAGCCGGUUGCGAGUGUCUUAACGAGAGCGAUGACUGUGGCUUUGACAACUGCCUGAGCAAGGACUCGUCCUACCUGGAGUCAGACUGCGACGAACAGCUACUCAUCACCGUGUCCUUCUCUCAGCCUGUGAAGCUGUUCUCUAUGAAACUGCAGGCCGCAGACUUGCCUCAGGCCCCGAGGUGUGUGAAGAUCUUCAUCAACCUCCCGCGCUCCAUGGACUUUGAUGAUGCCGAGCACAGCGAGGCCACGCAGAUGCUGGAGCUGUCCGAGGAAGACUACAAGGACGACGGCCUCGUCUCGCUCCGAUAUGUCAAGUUCCAGAACGUCAACAGCGUAACGCUGUUUAUCAAGUCCAACCUGGGUGAUGAGGAGACGACUAAAGUGAACCAUCUGACGUUUAUAGGGACGCCAGUUCAGGCCACCAACAUGAACGACUUUAAACGGGUUGUUGGAAAGAAGGGAGAGAGUCACUAAGGAGAUGAUGUCUGGACACACACGCUGGAACUCUUCCACAGCUCUGCAUCAGGGAGUCCAAAACAAAAGGCCGCAUGCAGAGAAAGAAUCGCGUCUUUGGCUCAGCGAGGCUCCGUUUUUAUCUACAGAACACACGAAAGAAACCUGUAAAUAAAGUGACUACUUUUUCAAAGGCA